AUGGAGGUGAAGGUGUGCAUCAGCCUCGUCCUCGCCAUCGUGGCAACCGCCUGCCUGUGCCGGCCCGCGGUGGAGGUGCCGGGUGCUGCAGGGGACCCCCACCAGCUUCCUGCCAGCCUGGUCCGGCGGGACUGGCCCGAGUCCCUGUCCCAGGAGCAGAAGCACUUCAUGUCCCGGUUCCUGCCCCACAUCUUCACAGAGCUGAGCAACCGCAAGGGCUACGGGGACGAGGGGAUGGAGGCCCUGCACGACCACUACUACCCCGACUGGAUGGACUUCGGCCGCCGCAGCGCUGAGGACUCAGUCGAUGCCGUGUAG